AUGGUUUACAAGCCAGAUGAGAGCAAUCCGGUUAAACCAGGUCUACGUCUUCUGUCAGGAACAGAUCAGAGACCCAAUUUCCCCGCUGCUCUUACAGAUGAGCUGGCAUUAAAUGAAGAUCCUAAAGAAGGUAGCCAUGACAACCCGCGCAGUUUGGGGAGAAGGGAGCCCUUUGUCGGCCACUGGGUCCCGCCAAAUCCUCGAGAGGGUGCUUUCCCCACACGCGACCGCUCGUCAAAGAGACAGAUUUACAUCCCCAACGAACCGCGGCGCACGUGCGGGUCCGAAUCUGAGCUGCCAAAUGCUGUUGCAGAAUGCUUUUAUGAAGUUGUGAGGUUGGAAGUUCUGACAAUAUCUACUUUUAGUUUCUGCUCUUCACAGCAAUUUAAAAUGUCAUGGAUUGUCAUGCCAUGA